CACGCGGGGAGAGAGAAAGAGAGAGAGAGACAGAGUCGGAAAGAGAAAGAGAAAGAGAGAGAGCGAGGUGCGAGUCUAAACAGAUCGGGCGCACUACGCGCGAAGCGGCCAACACUUCACUUAAUAAUAUUUUUUCUAAGUAGCCAGACAGAGCACAAAGGCACACCGACUUACUGUGCAUCCCGUCCCAUUUGUAUUUUCCACUUUUUUUUGCGUGCGAGGAGCAGAAGCGGAGCAGUCUGCACAACUUUGGCCGCACGUACGACGACACUUUUGGCGCGGACGUCUCGCAGCAUGGCCGAGCGGCGUUGAAAACCCCGAAAAGAUAAUUUUUUUCCCCUCCCGGUCGUCUUUUUUGCUGCAUUCUCGCGGAGUGGACUCACUUUUUGCGAGUCUCUGAUUAUUGUGUGUGUGUGUGUGUGUGUGUGUGUGUGUGUGUCUGUGUGGAGGCUUCCGGCAACAUCCAAGAGAGCAAGUCUAAGUCCCUCUCUCACUUUUUUUUGGAAGCUGAACUUUUUAAGGAAAAUGGGGCAUUGAGAGUGUUGGCAGAUCUCCCUGCGCUAUAAUGGCUACCGACGCUUACCUGGUGAACGACGAUCCUGUCAGAGGCCCAGGCGUGCCUGAAUGUUUCCUUGUGUCUGAUACAUACAGGGAUGAAUUCCACCCCUUCAUCGAGGCCCUGCUGCCCCACGUCCGCGCCUUCGCCUACACCUGGUUCAACCUGCAGGCCCGCAAGCGCAAGUACUUCAAGAAGCACGAGAAGCGCAUGUCCAAGGAGGAAGAGCGCGCCGUGAAGGACGAGCUCCUGGGGGAGAAGCCCGAGAUCAAACAGAAGUGGGCCUCGCGCCUGCUGGCCAAGCUCCGCAAGGACAUCCGGCCCGAGUUCCGCGAGGACUUUGUGCUCACCAUCACGGGCAAGAAGCCCCCCUGCUGCGUGCUGUCCAACCCCGACCAGAAGGGCAAGAUCCGUCGCAUCGACUGCCUGCGCCAGGCCGACAAGGUGUGGCGGCUGGACCUGGUCAUGGUCAUCCUGUUCAAAGGCAGCCCACUGGAGAGCACGGACGGCGAGCGCCUGGUCAAGUCUCCGCAGUGCACCAACCCGGGCCUGUGCGUCCAGCCGCAUCACAUCGGGGUGUCCGUCAAGGAGCUGGACCUCUACCUGGCCUACUUCGUCCACACGCCAGAAUCCGGACAAUCAGACAGCUCCAGCCAACAGGGGGACACGGACAUUAAACCACCGCCCAAUGGACACCUGAGUUUCCAAGACUGCUUUGUCACCUCAGGGGUUUGGAACGUGGCUGAGCUCGUCAGAGUGUCCCAGACCCCUGUUGCCACGGCGUCAGGUCCGAACUUCUCCUUGGCCGACCUGGACAGCAGUCCCAGUUACUACAACAUCAACCAGGUGGCCGUGGGGCGACGUUCCCUCACCUCCCCUCCCUCCACCAGGUCUGAGGUGGAACUGUACGCGAACCUUCCGCGGAGCUCCACCAAGAGGAAGUCGUUAGACGACAGUGAGAUGGAGAGCCCUACAGAUGAUGUUUUCUAUCCCGGACGCUCACCCGCAGCCAGCUCAUCCCAAUCCAGCGCGUGGCCCAAUGAAAUGGAUGCAGUGCAGCACCAUUUGGCCAGUGUGCAGGAGAGGAAGAUAAAACAUGAAAACGAAGGCGUGCAGUUUCCUUACCAUGGACUGUCCUCGCCUGGUUCACUUAAGAAGCCGGGGAAGUUUGAUUUCAACGCCCUGUCUUCCCAGAGGUCCCCCCGCAUGGCGUUCACACACCACCCGCUGCCCGUGCUGGCAGGAGUGAGACCAGGGAGCCCCCGUGCCUCAGCCUCAGCCCUGCACUUCCCCUCUUCCUCAAUCAUCCAGCAGUCCAGCCCUUAUUUCACCCACCCCACCAUACGCUACCACCACCACCAGGACCCGCUUAAGGAGUUUGUCCAGUUUGUGUGCACCGACGGCACAGGACAGCCGAGCGCACAGCCUAACGGAGGUGGGCAGAGCAAAAUGCCGGGCUCCUUCCUGCUGCCCCCGCCACCCCCGGUGGCACGCCCCGUGCCCCUCCCCAUGCCCGACUCUAAAAGCAUCAGCACGCCCACCGACGGUGGACUCAGCUCACCCGCAUCUCCGUCAUACUCCACGCCAGGCUCCGCAGCUCCCAACCGGUUUGUCGGCAUCGGAACACGGGACAACUUUCUGAAUAUCCCCCAGCAGACUCAGUCCUGGUUCCUCUGACAUGGUCUCGACGAAUCAACAACUAAAAUGGUGUCAUGUAAAUUGGGCGCGGGGGGGGGUGUAGAUGAUCAAGAGCAGACUGCAACACUAAAAAAAGGUUUCGCUUUGCCCACAUUGUACAAAGUACGACUACGUGGCCCGCCAACUUGGCCCCCACCCCAUUCUACCCCACGUGGCCAUUCCCAUCCAGCCCAAUUUGAACUGGAACGUUCAAUGCCCUCCACCCCCGUCGGAAAUGCAAGAGGCCUCCAUGAGAUGGAAUGGACAGACUCGCAAUGCCAGGCAGAAGACGAGGAACUGUCGCAUGCUCAUCAAGGAAACGUUGGACAGGAAACACAAUUAUGGCAACCUGGCAAUUGACCAAUUUUUACAUUUGUGAUUUCUUUUUUUUUUUGUUAAUCACCUUUAUUAUUAUUUUUUAAUCAUUUUUUGUCAUCUCCACCAUGAAACUCCAUGCAAUGGAGGUUAAAAAAAAAAAAAAAAACAGUCAAUGAUCACCACCUAAAUUACGCAUUCUGAUUUCAAAAACCCCGGCGACUCCCACUUUGAUGACCCCCACUUGGCUUCAAGACCAGACACGCAGCCACAUCACUGCAUGCUGACCCAGCACCCCCACCCCCCCUCACGCUCCUCAUUCGCUCAGCCCUGAAGACCCAUUGAUUUGCGAUUGGCCAAUCCCGGUAACGCCAUCUAAUGGUGUGACAUAUAUGCACUAAGUGGCUGGUCUUUUUUUGUUUACCUGUCCAAGUAUCGGGGCACUUUUUUUUUUUUUUGGCGGGGAGGAUAAGAAGCGUUAGCCAGUUGAAAGCAUUUGAAAACACUAAAGGCUGCAUGUGCUCUUUCAUCCCCUUCACCUAUGCACUAUUAAUUCUCAUUCGGGAUGAACAGAAUUGCACACGGACGGCGGCCAUGAGGGUGAUGAGGGAGGCCAAGGAGGCACUACAGAGAUGUGGCUGUGCAUCCAGGUUUAGUUUAACCCCUCAAGUACACCACACACACACACACACACAUACAGUCACACACACACAUUUACAACUAUCUUCCCUAAAAUAGUCAGAAUAAGGGAUGGGCACAAUAAAUCAAUUUAUUGUUUAUUAAAGGCAUGGGGCAGAAUGGAGUGAACGACGCACUGCAGUGACCAACCCACUCCUCACCAUUAAUUGUCCUGGAACAAAAUAAAAAGAGCACAGAAUUUGUUUUUGUUUUUUUUUAGUUUUUCCCCUAUUACCACACUUUGGACUCAUUUAAACGUAUGACCCUCCCUUAAACACACACGUGUUCCUGACUGCAUGUUCUCGCUUAUGCAACAUUUUAAAGCAAUUGAAAACAACAAAAGAGUUAAAAACAAAGCAAAGAAAUACAAAGAGGUAAAGUGUGCUUGCUUCAAGCUGUUGGUCACUCUUGACUAGGUGCUUUUCUGUGAAACUGUCUCACAAUUAAAAAAUAAAUAAACACCACCAUUUUUAACCGAAUCGUAUAAUUUCAUCUAAAAAAAAAAAACUUAAAAUGUGUGAGGGGUAGUCAAUUCACAGAAAAGUAGUCAUAUGCCCAUCUCUGUUCAAAAUUAAUUUUAUUUUACAGGAAGACGCAAACACACAGCAUGAGCUUCAUAUUAUUAGCUUUCAUUUAGCUUGUAGUUUUUUUUUUCUUAUCUCUUUUAUUGGCAGAUUUUGUUUUCUUUUUGGUUUUGUUCAACUUGGCUUGUUUUGCAUGUCAUAACACUUUCCGCCGUAGUUACGCUAGAGCACGCUUCAGACCAGGCCCAAAUUUCACUGAGUAGAUGUCAACUAAACGGCUUCUCAAAAUCUCUUGUGCGUAAGGACAGCACGGUAACACCAGCUCAUCACACACGAUCGCCUGCGUUGCUUCACAUUAUAGCCCAAUCAAAGGAAUACACACGCACACACACACACAUUUAACACUUGUCAUAAAAAAUAAAGGGAAACCUUUAUAUUUGAUUCUCCAAAAUAUUAUUAUUAAUUUUCAUUCAUUUAAGAUUUGUCCAAAUUUGUUGCAUGUAAAUUGUCCCCAUUACGAAUUUGCAUCAUGACAUGUUUCACCAUCAAAAGCCAAUAUCAAAAAAUAACUGGACUGCCUUGAACUCGGUUCUGUUUUGCAGGGAUAGUAAAAACCGAGACUUGGGUCUUGGCCUCUCGUGUAACAUUAGUUCUUACUGCAGUAUGUACUGAAACAUCUAUCAAAACUAUUAACAGUUAUAUAAAAGUGCCUCUGCAUUCCCUUCAUGCAAUUAGUAUUCAACUUCAUGUUCUUUGCUCAUAUAUUAAAAAAAAAAAAAUUGGCCUUGACCAGGGUUUCCCAAUUCAGCACAAGCCAUCAUGUUUUGCAUUCAAAGUUAUCACUGUCGAACAGUUUUAGAAUCGGUUAUUCCAUCGAUUAAUCCAAUAUGAGUUUAGUUUGCAUUGCACUGUUUUUAACUAAUUGUUGUUUUUGUUAUUGUUUAGUGAUUAAAAUAACAUUAAUUUUUGAUUAAAAUAACAUUAAUUUUGACACCUCAUUGUAAUCAAGUGACUAAUAUUAAAGAACAAAGCAACAAACAUCAAUCAAGAAAUUGUAUCCGUUUGACGAUCAUUAGCAGCAGCCUUUUAGUCCGACAAUCUUUCUUAAUUAAAAAAGAAAAAACAAAAAAAAAGUCCCAUCCCAUAAUUUGGGAAACCCUGGCCUGGACACAUCUUUAUAGAGGGCCGCAAAUGUGUUUUGUAAAGACGGAAAGAGAGAGAGAGAGAGAGAACUUAUAUAUUUAUGAUAUACGUAUGCUCCUUUUGAAAUUUUUGCUACGCAAGCUGGUGGGCAGUCUAGUUAUUUUCUGAAGCCUCCCUUCCCACAAUGCCCUUUUGGGUGACACCACCUGACCAACCCCAAAACGACACCAUACACACGUGCGGCAGCGCAGCGUUCUAAUACCUUAGAUCAACAUGUCAACAAAUUUUGACUGUAGGCUUGAAGAAGAAUAAGAAAAAAAAGUGUUGUUUUUUUUUUUUUGAUGGAAAGUAUUAUUAUUGAGAAAUAUGUGUCGAUUGAGCCACGUGCAAUGCAUUGGGUAGAUCAUUGUGUUUGUCUGUUAGAGAUUUUUAAGAAAGCUACAAGAAAAGAGAAAAAAAAUGUAUUUGUCUCAAGUCCAUAAGCUCCAGGACUCUAAACUUAGAGGGCCAUGAUUAAAAGAAAAAAAAAAAAAAAAUAGUCUUUUACGUCGGGGUUUUGUUUUUAUUUGCUUUGUCUCUCUUUUAUUUUUUUAAAUGUUUCUGUGUAAUCAUUUGUUUAUAAAAAAAAAAAAACGUGGGAGGGCUGAAGGAAAACAAAUCGACACAACUUCUUUAUCAUUAAAUGAAAACCGGUGCUCCUUAAACAAUUCCAUUUACAACUAUUAUAAACAAAUGGUCAUGAACAAAAAAAAAAAUAGAAAUUACUUCUCUUCUAUCUCUCGCACUAUUUGUACUCUUCUUCUAUUGAGCGGGGGGUGGGGGGGUGGGGAGGGGUUCCUGAUCCAUAAAGCAAAAGUCAUGUCAAGAAACUCACCAGCAGAAAACCCUAAACAUUGGCCUGGACCCAAAAACGAGAAGUGCUCCCGAGGACGUGGCUAAAAGUAGAACGCGGUCAAACGCCACAAGACCCUUUUUUUAUCCUCGGGCAGCAAUGUGAGCCGCUAACCCUGGAGGACCCCCUCGCCCCCCACCCCCUUCUGUAAAUGACUCUUCUAGUGCUUGUGCUGUAGUGUAUAGUUUCCCAGCAGUUAAAGGUUGUCCCUUAAAAGUGCCUUUUGUUCACAGACUCCAUUUUGUAAUCCAAUAUUUUUGUUUUGUUUCAUUAGCUGGUAAUGCCCCGAGUGGCGCGCUCGAGCACAGCUGUAAUAUCGUUCCUCCCUUCCUCCUCUUCUUUAUAUCUACAUGCUGAAAUCUACAUACGGAUAUCAAACACGUCAAUUAGUUGAUUCUCGAUUAAUGAUGGCAAAGAACGCCAUUGUUCUGCUGUUGCUUUUUUUUUUUUUUCCCCCUCGACCCCUCACGCCACCCCACUUUGUUUCUACUGUCUAUUUUCUCUUGGGCACUCGAGUAGUAUGUAACUGUGUCUGUCACUCUUGCUCACUGGCUCGCUUUCUUCCCGCUGAUGGGCGGGGCCCAAAAACAAAUAUUACUGAGAAACUUUUUUUUUUGUCUGAGCAGAAUGCAGUUAGCUCACAUGUUAUUCUUGUCUGUAUGCUUCACAUUGUAUCUCGCCAUACCCAUCACUUCUGCUUCUCCAUUCAACAGCUAAUGUACGUGAACAAAUGACGCUGACGGGCUUUUGGGGGUGUCCUUGUGUGGGUUUUUAGGAAGGGGUGAGCGAGUUCUGGGGAUGGAGAAAGCUGAAUCGCUUCGGGAUGUUGGAACAGGGGAUGCGCGGACUAGGUUAAGAGGUUACGCUUUUGUUUUGGUUAUUUAUUGUUUGGCUUUGUUUUACUUCCCCCUUUUUUUGUUUUCAUAAUUUGGAUGAUUAUUUUUUAUAAUAUUUACUUAUCAGGGUAUGCUGUGUUUAAAAGCUCUUUGAGGACAGGAAGCCUUGGACUUAAAAUGAAAGCUACAAGCACCUUAUUGCCGGACUUAUCCUGCAUGAGGUCGAAGGAAAGGGGGUGGACUUGCAUUUUCACAACCAUUUGUCCACAAAUGGAAUCUCUGCUAAGUAUUACCGGUAAUGGCGGGUUUUACGCAGUAAAACUCUCAGCAGUAUUAACUACUUCAAACACACCGCACGAGAGGUUGUGACCUCUCGUGGGGGUUCCCCGCUAUUUGUCCCCUCUGCCUCACCUCAUGUUGGACAGCUCCAGGUCUGUGUUCUCUUGUUUAGUUUGUUUUCUUAAGCGUGUAUGGUUACUGGUGUACUAGGCAGUAGCCCCCUCGCCGCCUUGACCCCCCCCCCCCCCCCUUUAGUCCCUGCGCCUCUGUCUACGCACCACUUCUUUGUGAGAACACCCCCAGAGCUCUAGGUGAAAUGCAUGUGUUAAUUACAGUUUCUUUUCCAUAAGAUGAAAAACACAGUUUGAGAAGAGCAGCACCUGAUUGAAUAAAAAGGAUGUUCUUGACUGUA